AACCGGUUCUGGGGGGACGAGACCCGGAUCGUGGGGGGCCGCAGCUGCCAGAAGAGGCGUCACCCCUACCAGGUGGUCCUGCUGGGCCCCGAGAAGAACAUCCACUGCGGGGGCGUCCUCCUCGGCAAGUCCUGGGUGCUGACGGCCGCCCACUGCGACACCAGGAGGCCCAUCCCCAUCCGCAUGGGUGACCACAGCUUGAAGACCAAGGAGGGGACGGAACAGUGCAUCAACUCGGCCAAGGCCUUCAUCCACCCCAACUACAACCCCACCAGCCACGACAGUGACAUCAUGCUGCUGAAGCUCCAGAAGCCGGUCCGCUUCACCGACCACAUCAAUCCCGUGGCCCUUCCCAAACGUUGUCCCCCACCCAACACCGAGUGCAUCGUGUCGGGGUGGGGCAGCACCAGCAGCCCUGAGGGAGACUCCAACGGUGUCUCCACCUCCACGGUGGCCGUUCACCCCCUCAUCUUGAGGGCACCUUCCGUGGCUGAGGUGCGUGCCAGGACCCCCGACCAUGUCCCGCUGUCCCCAGGGUACUUCCCCGACGUUCUCCAGUGCGGCGUGGUCUACACCAUGCCCAACGAGGAGUGCGGCAAGCUCUACCCCAAAGGCAUCACCAAGAACAUGCUCUGCGCCGGCGUCACCGCGGGGGGCACCGACUCCUGCCAG